AUGGCGCCGAAAGCGAUCAUCGCGCCUUCAAUCCUGUCGGCGGAUUUCGCCGACCUCGGCGCGGAAUGUUCGCGGACCAUGCAACGGGGCGCCGACUGGCUCCAUGUCGACAUCAUGGACGGCCACUUCGUCCCCAACCUCACCUUCGGCCCGCCCGUCGUCGCCAAGAUCCGCACGCACGUCGACCGACCGACCGAGAGCUACGGCCGCGGCACCUUUGACUGCCACAUGAUGAUCGCCGAGCCCAAGAAAUGGGUCAAGGAAUUCAAGGCGGCCGGCUGCGACCUGUACUGCUUCCACUACGAGGCGGCCAUCAACUCGACCGCCGCCGAGAGCCCCGCGGCGCAGUCGGAGCUCAAGACGUCGCCGCGCGAGCUGAUCCGCUACAUCCACGAGCAGGGCAUGCUGGCGGGCAUCGCCAUCAAGCCGGCCACCAAGGUCGACGUGCUGUACGAGGUGCUGGACAGCCACGACAAGGCGGAGCGGCCGGAUAUGGUCCUGGUGAUGACGGUCGAGCCCGGUUUUGGCGGGCAGAAGUUCAUGGCCUCCGAGCUGCCCAAGGUGCAGGAGCUGCGGAAGCGGUACCCGAACCUGAAUAUCGAGGUCGAUGGCGGGCUGGGCCCCGGCACGAUCGAUCAGGCGGCAGAUGCCGGCGCGAAUGUGAUUGUGGCGGGGAGUGCGGUAUUCGGGGCCAAAGAUCCUGCCGGUGUGAUUACCUUGUUGAGGGAGGCGGUCGAUAAGAGGAACGAGAAAUUAUAG